AGCGGCUAACGCAGACGAUUACACUUUUUUUCACAAAAUAUAUUCGGCCUCUGGUAAUACAGCAAUGCUAAAAUAGAACAUUUUUCACCAUUUGAAUUAGCAAAAAAAAUAAAUAACUUGCGCAGAUACACGUUUGUUACGUCGAGUAGCGCUUUCUAAGCCUUGGCAAGCGGCAGGCCUUUUUUUAAGGGAGCGGACCUGUGAUUGGAGACUCCGUUUCCCGUCAGGGAGUGCGGCGUCAGGUGAUACAACUUUCCAUUGUCUUGUUGGUAUUUGUAGUUUGUGUGCAGCACGUUAAGACGUUUAAACAAAAAGUUUUUUAAAGCGUUGAUGAUUAAUUGGCAAGUCGCUAAUCGUUCUAAGUGAAGAAAGAUGCUCUUUUGUGUCCUAUUACUUCACUGGCGAUGCACAGUGAUGCCUCACGGUGUCGGUGAUAUCAGUCUAAGCAUCGCAAAGUUAAGAUAAGUGAACGCGCGGCCUGCCAGUUUCAUCAGUCAUGGCUUCAUCAACCGUGAAAGCUGACGGGAAGCAGCCGAGAGUAAGCCCCAAAGCAGGCCAACCAUCUUCACCAGAGUCCUCACUUACCUGGUGCUUGACCCACCUCUGCAAACCUGGACCACCUGGAGGGGCCGAGCAUCAGACAGGUUCAUGCAGAGACACUGACAAGCGCUCUAAAAUGUGUCAGUGGCGAGCCCUAGUUGCCAUCAGGACGCAGCACAUCAAGGGCGACAAGGCUGGCAUCGCCAGAUUUAGAGCAAAAGGUGGUCUGAAGAUCCUGCUGAACCUGCUCCAACACCCGGAGUGCUCCAGGAAAACUCUGGACCUGGCUCUCAGCAUCCUGGCCAACUGCUGCACUGAGCUGGAGACACGCGUAGAGGUGCGCAAGCUUGAAGGAAUAAACAUUGUUGUGGACAUAAUGAAGAGAAACGUGGCGCUAGAUACGGUCCAAAACCGGGCUGCCAGAGCUUUAGGGAACUUGGCCAUGGAUCCAGAGAGCUCUGCACUCAUCCACUCUGCUGGUGGUAUUCCUCUUCUCCUCCUUUGUGUGUCCCUGUCGUCUGCUCCGUCAUCUCCCACAGUCACUCCACCCUCAGACUCCUGUCCCAAACUUGAAUGCGCUCAGUCAGCUGCUCGGGCCCUCCUGUACCUCUCAGACUCACCAACAAACCGCCUCUCCUUGCUCACCCAAGGGACGUUAUCUGCCCUCGCCCCUCUUAUUGCCCCAGAAUACCCUCAAGGACUGAGGCGUGCAGCCCUUAGGACCCUCCAUGAGCUGACUAGGGGCUGUGGAGUCGAAUGUGCCAGAGAGAUUUCUCGUUCUGGUGUCUUGACUCAGCUUGCUGUCAUAGCAUCAGGGGAGUCUGGUGAACAUUUCGAAGAGCUUGCCCUGAAAACGCUGGCUAACAUGUGCUCUCAAGGCUGCCUGCGACCUCUUGUGGGCUCUCUGGGGGUCAUUCAGAAAUUUACAGAGGAAGUUAAAAGGGACCCAAUCAAGUCAGGAGUCUUCUUCAAGGCUCUGUGUUUGUGUUGCAAAGAGGCGGUGAAUCGGGCCAAGGUGAAAGAGAAUGGCGGUUUGGAGGUCCUGAUGAAAUUUUUGUCCUCUCACCAGAAUCAUCCACUUUCCAGGUUCGCUAUUCUUGCCUGUGUAGACUUUGUUUUUGAUGAAUCUGCCUUGGAACAGCUGCAAGAGUUGGGGCUGGUCCCUGUUCUGGUUGCGCUUCUGGUGAAGCUCACCAGAGGAGAGGAACAUACAAUGGAGAAGAUGGAUGUGAGCGUCUCCUCUAACAUGUCUCACAAUGAGCUUCUGUCCUCUUCAUGUUUGGAGUCAUUUGACUUUCCUCCUCCUGAGGGAUCCAGGAGGGAGGAAGCUGGGAGGGAACAAGGUUCAUCAAGCUUCUUAAGUCUCAGGUCCUGGUUGCUUUCUGAGGGAUUAAUAUCGUCUGAAGGGGAUCUGCUGGAUUCCUCCUGUGCUGAUGCUGAAUGGGCGAGUCUUAAUCCCUCAUCUUCAUCCCCUCAAACCUCUUCCCCAAACCCAGACUCCAGCCACUCGCCUAAAACUUCCUGUUCAUCCAGCUCUGUUUCGAGGAAGGCAGCUUCACCUCUAUCACCUGUCUCCUCCUCAUCGUCUUCCUGGAGCAUCCCCGAUCCACCUUCCUCUAGUCGGAUCACUCCCCAAACCCUGACUGCUUCCUCCGUCGUCUGCUCUUCCAAUAAUACACCCGUCUCCCCAUCAACAGUCUCUUCUUCACAGAAAAGGAGACGGUCUCCUUCAGCAGCUUCCCUGACUAAAGUUACACUCGAUAGCCCCCCUGGUGUACCCCGAACCAGCACUUACCAUCAUCCCUAUCACCCCGAACCCUGGACACCAGAGUCACCCAUCCUGCUGCUGCUGUCCCGUUUCUCGCACGCCAGCGACCCCAGUGCCGCCCUGGUGAGCUCCAGCGUUGUGUCCGGCUUGCUCUGCUACCUCACCCAACACCAGGACCCCAGCAGCAGGUGUUUCCGCAUGCUUUGCCGACUGAGCUGCAACCCAAGCUGUUUGCAGGCACUGGUCCGAACCGGUUCCGUGGCGCUUAUUCGCCACCGUCUCUGCUUGAGUGACGACGGAUCAGAGAGACGGCAAAAGCAGACGGAUCGAGUGAAGGCCAAAGUAAAACAGCUGGGUGAUGCUCUUCUGAAUAAUCUGCGGGUCCAGUGUGAGUCUGGGUUUGGUUCUGGUGUUCUCACUCAUGUGAUGUUGUCAGGCUCUGAGUCAGACAAGAUGAGCUGUGCUCUGUCCCUGCCAUUCAUCAGCAGCAACAAAUCCCUGUUAAGGAAGCUUCUCUUGGAUUGUGGUGGUCUCCCCGCAGCGCUGCGACCUCUUGACUGCGGAUAUGAUGACGAUGAGGAUGAAGACCACCGUGGAAGGCCUCUCUCUGACUUGUUUAAUUCACCCCGUUCAGAUGCGACCUCUCAGCCAUAUCUUCUGUAUUUGUCACUCCUGCUUGAAUGCUUAUCUGCUAUGACGGGUGCCGUUAAAACCGGACUGGUAGAAAAGAACACAAACCCAACUCCAGUCAGCGGCGCUGACAGAGAUUCUCCUCCUCCAUUGAAAAAGCCUCGCCUCGCUGACUCAUGUCCUUAUGGGAGUUCAAACUUCGACCUGGUCUUGCUGCUUGAUGAUGGGACCCGGAUUCCAGCCAACAGGGAGGCUGUGGCUGGGGUGGAGGGCGCAGAUGGAGUUGGAUCUGAAUACUUCAGGGCUCUGUUGAGAGGUGGGUUCGGAGAGGCUCAGAGUAAUGCAGAAGAAGGUAUUCGUAUCAAAGAUGUCAGCACAGGUAUGUUGCUGCCGCUGCUGCAUUACCUGCAUGGAUGCCGCUUCAGUUUGGACACAGAAACUAAAAGGGGGAACGAACAAGGAACCAGAGGGCAGUGUCAGACUUUAGACUCGCUGGUUCUGGGUGGACUAGGUGUCUUCCAAAAGGUGACAGAGGAGGUAUCAACAGAAAGCUUCCAGAAAACACCUUUAUGUGAAACAAUGAUUGGGGCAUGCAGGUUUUUGGUGAAUGACCUCCAGAGAGAGUUGGAGGAUAUUUUUGUGUCAUUUCUACUGUCCAGCGCCAACGCCGGUCAACCCAGGCAAGCUGAUAAACAAGACGAUGCUAAAAAGAAAGAUAGGGACCAGAAAGGUACUGACCCUGCAGAGGACAACCUGGCUAAUCUAACAUCUGAACUAGAACAGUCUGAACAACUGAACAGUUUCCUUCAACAAGUUGAAGGUAGGGAAACUUUCACUGGAACCAUACAGAAGGUUAUCAGGGGACUCAACAGAGGUUUAGAUGAGAACACAAUCAAAAAAGUCAUUUCUGUUUCCAAAUCUGUCAACGCGUCAGAGGACCAAUUAGAAGAGGAGUCGUUGGCACCAAAGAACCUGCUGAAGGAUGCAGAGCGGGGCUCCUGUUCUUCCUCAGAAACCACCCUGGCUGCUUUGCUUCCCCAGCUGUACUGGUUUUCCCAGCGGUACGGCUAUCCAGCUCUGGGUCGGGCCUGCCUCGCUCUGCUGCUGGGUUUCCAGGACUGUCCUCGUCCGUUUGCAUCCUCCGUUGCUGCGGAUUGCCUUCGCAGACUAGUCAGAGAGGCAGACUGUACAGAGACUCUAAAGCAGGACCUGCUGAGCCUGGUCUCAGCGGCUUUAGGCUGAGCAAGGGCAGAUCUUGCCAUUAUCUUACUUGGACUACAACUAGUUUAAAACAAAAAGCAAAACCCAGUCAUCCGCCAACAGAAGUGUUGCAUUAUUUCCAUCAUUUUGAAGCACUCAUUAUUUAAAAAAUUUUGAGUUGAGGAAGAAUGUCCGUUUGACAAAAUUCUGUUAAAAUGUCAAAAUUAAUUACGUUGGUGUUAAUUUUGUACAUAAAGAUGAUAUUGAAUGGAAGACAUUUGUUGCACUCCUUGAGCUGUCCUAUAUAAAUAUGCUGUCACAUGA